CAGUAUUCGUGCUCAGUGGCGCCGCUGUUAGGCGUUACGUUACCGGACCUGACGUCCGAUGCUGAUAAAUCACAGAAUCAACACAUUCGCCUUAACGGGUCGUGCUCUCUGACAUUUGUGAAAGGGUCCGAAUGAUAAAAUGAUUCUCACGGUGAAGCCACUUCAAGGGAAGGAAUGUAGCCUGCAGGUCACAGAGGACGAAAAGGUGUCGACGGUGAAGGAGCUCAUCUCGGACCGUCUGAAUAUCCCCCCCGGUCAGCAGCGGCUGCUUUACAAAGGGAAGUCUCUGGCAGAUGAGCACCGGUUAAGUGAUUACUCCAUUGGAGCAGACGCCAAGCUCAAUCUGGUAGUGCGGCCCACGGGAGAAAGGGCAGGGACAGCCGGGGGCUCCGGAGGUGGUGGAGGAUGCGGCGGCGGGGUGUGGCAGGCCCUCUCUGUGGUGUUGGCCAGACAUUUCAGUCCUACGGAUGCAGCUAAGGUGCAGGAGCAGGUUAUCAAGGAUUACGAACGCUCCCUCCGGCAGCUCAGCCUGGAUGACAUUGAGCGUCUGGCCAGUCGGCUGCUGCACCCAGAGGCGGAGGGCAUGGACACCUCAUACAUGGACUAAGAAAAGUGCCCGUCUGGGGACAUGGGCGGCCUGCUUCGCUGGUCGACGAAGCUGGCUGGGAGGGGGGUCAGCGGCUGAAGUACAACUCCAUUUAGCCACCCUUGGUCACCCCUCUACGGUGGUCUUUACCAGGAUAAGCAAGAAAGGACUUACAUGGCACUGCAACAACUGGACAUGGCAUCACUGUUUGACCCAAGCCAGCGAUUCCCUUUCUUACACUCUGUAAAAAUGAAUAAAGGCAUAAGAAUUCACCUGCCACAAGCUAAUAUUUCACAUCUCUUCAGAUUAAAGUACUGCCGCUACUUUGAUGGACACUUACAAACACUCUCGCUCAUCCCUGUGUAGUAAAGUGGCAGGAAGACUAGCUAACGACAUCAGCGUGGACAUGAAAGCAGCCACUCUUUGGACUGAUUGAGAGAGACGUUUUUGUUUAGAGACAGGCGGUCUCUGUACGAUUAUACUGUAUGUAUGUUGUGUUUAUGUAGGUCAGCAUUAAAGGCAAAGGGGAUCUGG